AUGGGUGUCUACCGCAUCCGUGUGUCCACUGGGUGCUCGUUCUACGCGGGCUCCAAGAACCAGGUGCAGCUCUGGCUGGUGGGUCAGCACGGGGAAGCCUCGCUUGGGACGUGCCUGCGACCGGCGCGGGGCAAGGAGGUGGAAUUAAAAGUGGACGUGCCUGAGUACCUCGGGCGGCUGCUGUUCGUUAAAGUGUGCAAAAAACACAUCCUUCAGGACGACGCUUGGUUCUGCAACUGGAUCUCCGUGCAGGGUCCUGGACCCGAUGGGGAUGAGUUCUAUUUUCCGUGUUACCGAUGGGUGGAGACCAAGGCUAUUUUGACCCUGCCAGAGGGCACUGGCAGCACAGUGGUAGAUGACAUUCAAGGCUUCUUCAAAAAAUACAGAGAAGAGGAGCUGCAAGCAAGAAGGAAGAUUUACCGGUGGGGGAACUGGAAGGCUGGGUUAAUUCUGAACAUGACUGGUGCCAAGAAAGAAGACCUCCCAACAGAUGAGAGAUUUCUGGAGGAUAAGAAAAUUGACUUUGAGGCAUCCCUGGUCAAGGGGCUUGCGGACCUGGCUGUCAAAGACUCUUUAAAUGCUCUUGCUUGCUGGAAUGAUCUAGAUGACUUUAACCGGAUCUUCUGGUGUGGCCAAAGCAAGCUCGCUGUUAAGGUGAAGGACACCUGGAAGGAAGAUGCCAUUUUUGGGUACCAAUUUCUCAAUGGUGCAAACCCCAUGUUGUUGAGGCGUUCCACUGCCUUUCCUGACCGCUUAGUGUUCCCACCAGGGAUGGAGGAACUGAAGACUAAUCUGGAGAAGGAGCUUCGUGAAGGCACACUAUUUGAAGCUGACUUCACUCUGCUGGAUGGAAUCAAGGCCAACAACUUCUUGGGUUGUCAGCAGUACCUGGCUGCCCCUCUGGUCAUGCUGAAAUUGCAGCCCAAUGGGACACUCUUGCCCAUGGUCAUCCAGCUUCAACUGCCUAAAGUGGGAACUGACCCUCCAGUGCUAUUUCUACCAACGGAUCCCCCAAUGGCCUGGCUUCUGGCCAAAUGCUGGGUCCGUAGCGCUGAUUUUCAGCUUCAUGAGCUUCAAUCUCAUCUUUUAAGGGGACAUUUGAUGGCUGAGGUCUUUGCUGUAGCCACUAUGAGGUGCCUUCCACCAAUACAUCCCAUUUUUAAGCUUAUUAUUCCUCACCUGCGAUAUACCAUGGAAAUUAAUGUUCGGGCAAGGACUGGAUUGGUCUCUGAAAAUGGAGUUUUUGACCAGGUAGUGAGCACAGGUGGGGGAGGCCACGUGGAGCUGCUCAAAAAAGCUGGAGCCUUUCUAACCUACCGCUCAUUCUGUCCCCCUGAUGACCUGGCUGACCGGGGACUCCUGGGAGUGAAGUCUUCCUAUUAUGCCCAAGAUGCACUUAGGCUUUGGGAAAUAUUGUUACGCUAUGUGGAGGGAAUUGUGAAACUUUACUAUAAGACGGAUGAAGCUGUGAAAGAGGAUACUGAACUGCAGACCUGGUGUAAAGAGAUCACUGAAAUUGGUCUGCUAGGGGCCCAGGACCGAGGGUUUCCUGUAUCUUUACAGUCUCUGGAUGAGGCUUGUCGCUUUGUCACCAUGUGCAUCUUCACCUGCACUGGCCAGCAUUCCUCUAUCCAUCUGGGCCAGCUGGACUGGUUCACAUGGGUUCCUAACACACCCUGCACGAUGCGUCUGCCCCCACCAACCACCAAGGAUGUGACAUUGAAGACAGUGAUGGAAACACUGCCCAACUUUCAUCAGGCAUCUCUUCAGAUGUCCAUCACUUGGCAACUAGGCAGACGCCAGCCCAUUAUGGUGGCUAUAGGUCAGCAUGAGGAGCAGUAUUUUUCAGGCCCUGAGCCCAAGAUGUUGCUGAAGAAGUUCCAGGAAGAACUGGCUGCUUUGGAUAAAGAAAUUGAGAUGAGGAAUGCAAAUCUGGAUAUGCCUUAUGAGUACCUGCGACCCAGCCUUGUGGAAAACAGUGUGGCCAUCUGAGCAUCCCAACCUUUGGCUGUUGUAGCCCUUUUGCAUCCAAGCCUAAACCCCACCCAUUAGAACUUUCAAUCCUGGCUUCACCCACAACCUGGCUCUCGUUCUAACUUCUGCCCUCCCUAAAUUUUAUUGACUGUGCUCAGAAUGCACAAACUUUACCCGUAAUUCCUUUCUUUUUUCCAUUUCUUCUUACUCUCCUCCCUCUUUAUUUUAUUGCUCAGCUUGUUAUAUUGCUAUAUCACCUAUCAUAUUCUUCAUUUCUGUCAUUUUUGUCUGUAGUGGUCUUUUUUCCACAUUAACUCAUACUUUCUUGUCUUUUGAUGACUACUUGUGCUAUCAUGUCUUUGAACUUACUGAACAUUCUCAUCAUAGUGUCUCUAAAGACACUGUCUGAAGAUUUACUAGUAUUGAGGAUUUACUGGUGUUGUUUAUGUCUUCGCUGAUAUUGUUUUCACUCAUUGAGCUUGGUGGGCUUCUACACGCUUCCUCCAUUGGUUCUCUAGUUAUUCUUGCUGUGAUGGGGUAAUAUUUACAGUUAUGCCCCCUGGUAGAUGCUGAAGGAUUAGGAUGGAGGUUGCUCUCUAUCUUUUCUGCCUGUUCUCACAGAAUAACAGGCAGCAUAACUGUAAGCAGCUAUGAUAAUAGAAUGAAGAGAAUACACAAAGGUUAGAGGAAGCAGUCUUCACACCAUUUUUGCAGUAAUGCAAUCUGGUGAGUGAUGUGUGGUACUAGGAGAGAGUGUUGUCUCAGGAAAAACAUUCCUUACGAAUGUGUAAUUUGUUGAGUAGAUUUCACCGCCUCUUAUGCUGGAAUAGAUCUAGUGAUGUCAACUGUAGGCAAGUCUCAGCUGGGUUGGUGGAGCAGCAAGCAGAAAGACUGCAAAAAGAUAUUGUAGAUUAAUGAAAUAGGGCUGGGACUGUAGUUCUGAGGUAGAGCACUUGCUUUGCAUGUGUGAAAUCCUGAGUUUAAUCUCUGGCACUGCAAAACAAACAAAUCCAGAAACAGAUUAAUGCAAGACAAAACUUAGAUACAACUAUUCUAAGUAAAACAUGGGCAGAAAAAAAGGCACAUCUUUUUAACUAGAUGAGAUUUGUCCACAUUCCUGAAGUCAGACACAACUUACAGUACACAGCAACUCUCAAGAUUUUUUGUUUCACAAGAUUUUCAAGAAAAAUGAUAAAUGGAAGGAAAUUGAUGAGGGAGAGGCAGCUGCUCCCAGGUGGGGGUGGUUGGCCAUGAGAUUUUGUCUUAGGAUCCGUAUCUAUAAUCCAUCUAUGGUUGAGAAUGUCUAAAUUAUAAUAAUUAACUGGAAAAUAUAUAAAAACAUUACUUUAAUAAGUAACA